AUAGGGGGCGACCGUUGGGUUCCCUCAGGGCUGCCCGACUGCCUGGUUGCCCGUCUGCCUCCCUCCCUGCCUCCCUCCCUCCCUGUCUGCCUCUCGUCGGCCGACCCGUCUCGUCCCCGGCUCCGUCUCCGUCUCCGUCUCCAUCUCGGUGCCCGACUCCCUCCGGCCUCCCCUCGGUGCCCCCUCGGUGCCCCCUGGGCGCCCGACGGGCCCCGGGCCCUGCCGACGGGCGGCGGCGUCGUGGUGGUGGUGGUGGUGGUGGUGGUCGUCGUCGUCGUCGAAGCGCGGCCUCCUCAACCCGCGCUGUGGGACCGAGCGGCUGAGGGAGCGAGGGAGAGGCCCUCCGCGCUCCGCCCUCUCGCCCUCUGCCCUCUCGCCCUCCGCCCUCUCGCCCUCCGCCACCGGCCGUCGGUCGUCGGACGGAGCGCCUGCUGUGGGCACAGCGCUCUACUACACCCACCUCCCAGCCCGUUGAGGUUUUACCGCUCAGGAGGCCGCUUGACAUUCUCAGACAUGGACUCAGGGAAAAUCAGGAGCCCACCCCGAUCCUCAUCCAGAUCCUCAUCUGCCGGCCUCGGUGUCACAAUGGAAGAGCUGCCAUUCUAUUCAGUUUGUGCUGAGAUAGUAAAGCCCACCAGACUGGUUCCAAAGGACUCCUUCACAUCAAGGAAUGCGAAUCUGGUAUUUGUUGCCAGCUCAAAGACAUUCGACAAGAUCCUUAGCAGCAGAAAGGUCGAGCUGAUGAACAAGAGUUUCAAUAGCUUGCAGUUGCUACUGAGGAUGUGUUUAUGGAAUACCCAACACCCUCAAACCGACAGUUUUCCUCUGGGCCUGAUGGUCACUGUCAAUCAGCAGAGUUUGGAAUUGGACAAAUCCAAUCACGGUGCUCACCCUCUAAAUAUCACCCAUCUGGUCCACCUUUCGGACACGGUGGCCAACAGGAUACUGAUCAGUUGGUCUCUGAAUGAAACACGGGACUUCGCCGGGGCAGUGUACUUGGUGAUGAAGCUUACCGCGGACGAUUUACUGGAGAAACUGUGGGCAGAGAGAGUUUUGCCCCCCGAGGAGACCCGAGCCUUGAUUCAAAAGAAGCUGGGAGACAACUCAGGGGAGCCCUCCACCAGCAGCCUUCACAUCUCCCUCAUGUGUCCGGUGGAAAACAAACGUGUGUUUGUGCCCUGUCGUGCAUUGACCUGCUCCCACCUGGAGGUUUUUGAUGCAGCCCGGUACCUGCAGAUGAAUGAAGAGGAGGAAUCGUGGAUAUGUCCCCUGUGUCAUCACCAUGCUCCGUUUUCCCAGCUUGUUCUGGAUCGAUAUUUCCUUGAUAUUCUCGAUGCCAACAUAUUGUGUGAAGAAAUUGUGAUACACCAAGAUGGGUCCUGGUCCCCGAUACUAUCCGACAGAGAUUCGGUUGAUUAUUGUGAAUAUACUCCUUUGCGAUACAGGAAGCAGACUGUUUCUCUUAGUAUGACAAAGAGUAGCAGCUCGGAGGGAGAGAGAGAAUUUAAGCACACUCCCAAGAGGCUGUGUUCAGCCACCACAACAGCCAUCCCAGAUGCCAUGACCCGCAUGACGUGCAGCCCCAAGCAUGAACUGCCUAGUUCCCCACAGGGGGGCUCAGGAUUGGAGGUGAAGAAGGAGGGUGAAGGAGCCGCUGACACCCACCUCCAGCCCUCAGCACCACCUCUUCCCUCAUCGAGUGCCAGCGCUGUGAAACAAGAGCAUCCACUCAUAGUCUGGAGGCAGGACCAGGACCAAGAUGUCCAGGCUAUAACUCCGGAGUUGCUAGGGUCUUUGUUCCAACAGAUGCAUGACUAUGCACAGCAGAUGAAUUUUCCAGCAUACAUCGACUGUCUUAGACAGUGUUGGAGCUCGGCCCUGCUUACCCCUCAGGACACCCUGCAGUUCUGCCAUGGCCACGGCCACAGCCACUGCCAUAGCCACUGCCACGGCCACUGCCAUGGCCACUGCCACUGCUUGGAGCACCAUCCCGUUCCUGCUUCUGGCCCCUAUUUUCAGUGGUUCCCACCACCACAGCCCAUUGAGCCUCCCCUCCCUGAGAACCAGCUGCCGUCUCUCUGUGAGAUCAAGGAGGAAGGGGACAGGGAUCUCCCAGCUUUAGGGCAGCCCCCAACACCGGGCCCUUUGGCCCCAACGGCCCACCCCUCCUCUUCUGCCGGGCCAGUGGGAGAUAUGUGGGGGCUGUGGGGAUCAACUGAGUGCAGGCCACCCGGGCCCCCUAGAGCAGAGGCUUUUCCCACCCAGCCAGCUAGCGCUUCAUCCUCCAAACCGAAUCAAUCUUUGCUCUCCCAGGUGGGUCAUGCUUUUAUCAGCAAGUUGGAUCAGGCUUCCUCCUCCAAGGCGAGCGAGGCUUCCUUCUCCAGGGGGAGAGAGGCUUCUUCCUUCAGGGAGAGUGAGGCUUCCUUCUCCAGGGGGAGACAGGCUUCUUCCUUCAGGGAGAGUGAGGCUUCCUUGUCCAGAGCCAGAGAGGCUUCGUCCUCCAGGACCAGAGAGGCUUCCUCGUCCAGGCCGAGAGAGGCCUCAUCCUCCAGGGAGAGAGAGGUUUUCUCCUUCAGGGUGAGGGAGGCUUCCUCUUCCAGAGGGAGAGAGUCUUCCUCUUCCAGGGUUGGUCAGGCCAGGCAGGCAGGUGGGGUCCUGGGUAGCGAAGAGUCUGAGUAAAGGGAGGGGGAAGAAAGUUCCCAGACCCCCAACCUCCACUGUCCCCUUCUCCCCCACCUCAGUUCACUGGCAAAGGGGGAUGUCAAAUUCAAGGUGUUUGUGCUCCCCCCCGCCCCCCCAACCCUCGAGGGCCGUAUCUAGGGCCUGCUCUAAUGGUUUUGCUUGAGGAGCUGGGACUAGGGACAGGCAGGUGGCCCUGAUCUCUCCCUCACUCAUUUAUUCAUUGCUGUUUUGGGUUGUUAGCAAAAGACGCCCAUAAGAACACUUCAAUUUGCUUAGAAUUUUAUUGAAAUUAGAAAGCCCAUGUUCUCACCCCUUUGUUGUCAAGAGUAUUUCAUCAGUUAAUAAAGUUAAAAAGUUUCUCAAGA